AGCUGUACCCUGUUGGCGUUCGUGAAACGUUCCUUUUUUUUCGCGUGGACUGUGCUCUGAGGUGAUGUGGCUUGUAACAAUUGCGAUAGUUUUUAUCACGUGAGAGAGAGAGAGAGAGAGAGAGAGAGAGAGAGAGAGAGAGAGAGAGAGAGAGAGAGAGAGAUGUGUUGGCUCCUUUAUGACAGUCGGGAAAGAAGAGGCGAUGUCGACGACUUCUUUCCCGCUUGCGUGGGCAAUAGUUCCCAGUUUGUGAUUUGACAAAACAAACAUGGUCCGGUUUGCGUUUCUGCAAUGGGCAGAGGAUUGUAAGAUUCGAUCGUUCCCAGUUUGUGAUUUGACUGAAGCUCCUUUGUGCAAUGGGCAGAGGAUUGUAAGAUUCGAUCGUGUCGGUUCGAUUGAAGGCUUUCUGGUCUUCAGUAGAGAUACUGUCUCUUAUACACAUCUAGAUGUGUAUAAGAGACAGCUUGUAUUGCUACUAAGGAUCACAGAGACAGAUCUUGGUCCCAUCAUCUUCCCUGCCCGCGGGAUUUCGCUAUUCCCCUCCCGAUCCGGCGGCCGAGGAGGAACGCGCGCAGGCAUCCGCCGAUCAUCGCCGAUUGCGCGCGGAGAGGCGGCGACGAGUUGCGCGGCGGGAGUGAGCCACGGGUUGAAGGAGGGAGAGGGGAGAGAAGCAAAGGAGGCGGCGGAGAUGGCGGAGACGAUGCCAACAGAGCUGAAGGUCCCGCUGAGCGCCGUUGCUGGGGCGCCGUCUGAAGCCCUGACGAGCUAUGUUGUGAUAGAGGAGAGAGAUGGAGGAGGUGGUGCGGGUGAUUUGCACGACGGCUUGAGCUUUCCGCAGUACAUGUUGGCAGGUUCCUUUGCGGGAUUAGUUGAACAUACGGCGAUGUUUCCCGUCGACACGAUCAAAACCAGGAUGCAAGCGUUGGUGGGCCGGGCCAACGCCAUGAGCCCUCAUCACGACACGACGGUUUUGAAGGCCGUGUCGUCGAUCCUGCGCUCAGAGGGCCCCUUAGGUCUCUAUCGGGGUAUCGGCGCGAUGUGCUUGGGCGCAGGACCCGCGCAUGCCGUGUACUUCGCGACGUACGAGUUUGCCAAGCAGGAACUGGGCGGCAAUCGGAGCGGCCAUCACCCUGUCGCCCAUGCGACGGCGGGGGCGUUGGCGACGGUGGCCAGCGACGCCGUCUUCACGCCGAUGGACGUUGUCAAGCAAAGAAUGCAGUUGAGGAAUAGCCCUUAUCGAGGGGUAAUGGAUACGGUGAGGAGGAUCGCAGGGGAAGAAGGGUUAGGAGCUUUCUACGCGUCGUAUAGGACGACUUUGGUGAUGAAUGUGCCUUUCACGGCCGUUCAUUUCGCGACAUACGAAGGCGCCAAGAGAAUCUUGCGUGAUACGGGAUUAGGACACGUGGGCGGGGGGGGGGAGAAGGGGGAGGAGGGGGAGGGGGGGGAGGAGAACCUCUCCACGCAUCUGACGGCGGGGGGCGCAGCUGGCGCUCUCGCCAGCGCCGUCACUAAUCCCCUUGAUGUGAUCAAGACGCGCUUACAGACGCAAGGGGUCAACGGCGCGCAGCGCUUUAGCAGCGGAUCCGUCGUCGCCGCCAUGAGAACUAUUGUGAGAGAGGAGGGCUUGAGUGCUCUCGCAAGAGGCACAAGGCCUAGGGUCCUCUUUCACACUCCUGCUGCGGCGAUCUGUUGGGCGACUUAUGAAGCGUCCAAGAAGUUUCUUCAGCGUUGGAACGACGACCACCCCCAAUAAUACCGAGCGAGUCCUCCCCCCGCCCUUGUUCCUGGGACCUCCCCUCUUCGUUUACCCUGCCUGUUUCUCAACGUGCUCCCUCCCUCCCUCCUCCUCUCCCUCCCUUUUUUUCCUCCUGUCUCCCUCUCUCCCUCUCUCCCUUCUCCCUCUCUCCCGUUCAGCAAUCCCAGCUUGUGGCCCGUUUGCCGCGCCAUCCCAGCCCUUGCCCUUGUUUUGUAUUUGCUUUCGAAGUCUAAUUAGCGAUUUUUACGAUUUGUGUAUGCUAGGUGCUAGGGGGGGGUUUCUCACGUGGACGCGGAAGGAAGAAACCCUUUUGUUCUCUCCUGCUUCCUCCUGAUCCCAAUCAGUCAUCAGAUGUGUUGAUAGCUUAUAUAGGCUUCCUCCUGAUUCCAAUCAGUCAGAUAGAUGUGUGGUGACGGCAGAUCUUGUCCUCCAUCGCACUACUAGGAACAUUCUGAAGAGCUGCGGUCAUUCUGCCCUCCUCGAAGCCACUCGUGUUGCUGUCCCAAGAGACAGAAAGGGGCUGAAGGGAGGGAAAGGGGGGGAGAAGGAGGGGGGGAAGGGGGGGGGGGGUGUGGGGGGAUUAGUGGGUGUUUCACGCGCCUCCCUUGGGAAGGGGAGGAGGGAGGAGACGAGGGAGGGGGAGUUGUAGGGGGCUGCUGGGAGGUGUGUACCUCGUUCGUGCGCCGCGAGAGAGAGGUACCGUACCCCUUGCCGCUGCCCUUACUCUUGCAAAUUUCGUCAUAUUCCGCUGUGCAACUGUGCU